UUUUUUUUUUUUUUUGCACCAGCCGUCUCGAUUGAUUCUCGCCACCACCAUGGCGCAAACGUGUGUUCACCAGAGCUGCGGCAAGUCCUACAACGAGGGCGAGGAGGAUGGUUGCGUGUACCACCCCGGGCCGCCCGUCUUUCACGAGGGCCAAAAAGGGUGGAAAUGCUGCAAGCCACGCGUCUUGACCUUUGAGGAGUUCUUGUCGAUCCCUCCCUGCACCGACGGCCGCCACUCCACCACGGAUCUGCCGCCUAAGAUCGAGAAGAAGGAGACCCCAGCCGACGCCGACGCCCCUGUCCCCUCUACGGCCCCGAUCCCACCCCGACUCCCCGUCGCCUCGGCCCCCGAGGCCACCCCUGCUCCCCCACCGCCGCCACCAGAGUCAGAGGAUGACGACCCCUCGCUCGAGAUCCCCGACGGCAAGACUUGCCGGCGGAAGGCCUGCGGUGCCACCUACUCCAAGGUCGGCUCCCGGGACGGCGAAAAGUGCGUCCACCACCCGGGCGCCCCCAUUUUCCACGAGGGUAGCAAAGGGUAUAGCUGCUGCAAGCGCCGCGUGCUCGAGUUCGACCAGUUUAUGAAGAUUGAGGGCUGUGAGACAAAGGACCGCCACCUCUUUAUCGGCAGCGGAAAGAAGAAAGGCAAGGCGGGCGCCAACGGCGGCGGCGGUGCGGCAGGCGGUCAGGAGGGCGGCGAGGAGCUUCUAGAACCUGGCUCGGUGAGGCACGACUAUUACCAAACAGCAACCACCGUGAUCGCGUCCUUCUUCCUCAAGAAGAUCGACAAGGAUCACGCCAAGGUUUCGUUCGAGACACAGUCGAUACUGCUCGACCUACCAACCGCGGCGGCGACGCGCUAUCGCACCGAGGUGCCGCUCUUUGCGCCCAUCAGCCCAGACAAGUGCACCUUCAAGAUACUUGGCACCAAGCUCGAGGUGUCACUCGCCAAGGCCGAUGUCGCAUCGUGGCCAGUGCUGAGGAGUGACGAUAGGCACACGGGCGAGAUACUACAGAUUGGCCGAGCCGGCAGCGUGCAGUGACUGUGAGAGGUUGGCUGCCAGCUGACCCGCGUCCAUGUGCAUUGGUAACGUAGAUGGGUUGGCUGUCUGUCCGUCUGUGCAGUCAUGUAGAUAGAAGGCUACUAGUCGCUAGACGCACCCGGCCAAGGAGGGGCGUGUGUCGAGCGAGAGCAACAGCCUAGAGGCGAGAUAGGCGAGAUAUGCGGAGGGGCUCGCUCUCCCGCACAACCUUCCUCGCGGGAUGCUUGCGACGCGGCAGGCAUAAUGAAUAGAAAAAAAAACGACAUGGUUAGAUUGAGAGACCACACUUCCGAGAGGUCCGAGAAGUCAUUUCGAAGCUAGCCAAGCCACGAAGCCUCUAGCCCCUGUCUAGGAUCUGCCGCGGGAUGGGCCAGCCGGGGGCAGAUUAGGGUACGCGCGCACACGGUGAAGGAAAACUAUUACAAGAUAAGAACGAGGUUUGCUAGGCGUACAGAGACAGGCCAAGAACCGCGGCGUCAUCUUGGCGGUAGGAAAAAGGACAAAACACACACAAAGUCGUGAGGUGCGUGUCACGAGAGAUAGAGGCCUCACAUGACGCCCGCUCCGACACGAGUCGAGCUCGACUGGGAGGACAAGGGGGGG